GAGGUAGCCAUGGAGCAUGCUAAGGUUGGUGUGAGAGAGAAAGAAGAGAUCCCAAUAUAUCAUCCAAGGAGGAAGGAGAGGAGAAACAAGUAUGCUUGUGCUUGUGCCAUCAUUGCUUCCAUGAUCUCCAUCUUAUUGGGUUAUGACACCGGGGUUAUGAGUGGCGCCAUGCUGUUCAUCAAAGAAGAUUUAAAGAUAACUGAUGGUGAAGUUGAAGUCCUUGCUGGAAUUUUGAACAUUUGUGCACUCUUAGGGUCGUUGACGGCCGGCAGGGCCUCCGACUGGAUCGGUCGACGCUACACCAUCGUCCUCUCCUCCAUCAUCUUCUUCCUUGGCUCCCUCCUCAUGGGCUUAGCACCUUCCUUCCCUGUACUUAUAUCUGGUAGGUGCAUUGCUGGCGUCGGAGUUGGAUAUGCACUGAUGAUUGCACCGGUCUACUCUGCCGAGAUCUCAUCACCGUCCUCACGGGGAUUCCUCACUUCCCUUCCGGAGAUCUGCAUCAGCUUUGGUAUCUUGCUAGGUUAUGUAUCAAACUAUUUCUUCGCAAAGCUUCCAUUGAUAUAUGGCUGGCGAUCGAUGCUCGGUAUCGGUGCACUUCCCAUUAUAUUGGCAGUUGGCAUUUGGAAGAUGCCCGAGUCCCCAAGGUGGUUGGUGAUGCAAGGCCACAUCAAGGAUGCGAGGGACGUGCUAGUUCGAGUAUCGAACUCGAGGGAAGAGGCAGAGCUAAGGCUAAAGGAGAUCAAGGGCGCUGCGGGGGUUGAUGAGAGUUGCACCGGCGAUGUUGUCAAGCUGACGAAGAGCACUCGAGGGGAGGGAGUGUGGAAGGAGCUACUGCUGAGGCCCACUCCUCCAGUGAAGCGCAUCUUGAUUGCUGCGAUCGGCAUUCAUUUCUUCGAGCAUGCCACCGGGAUCGAAGCAGUGGUGUUGUACAGUCCUAGGAUCUUCAAGAAGGCAGGGAUCACGACCAGAAACAAGCUCCUGGUUGCAACCAUGGGUGUUGGCCUCACAAAGACUUUCUUCAUCUUGAUAGCCACGUUUCUGUUGGAUAGGGUUGGGAGGAGGCCCUUGCUGUUGACUAGCUUGGGGGGGAUGAUAGUGUCACUAAGUGGGUUAGGGUUAGGCCUGACCAUGGUGGAGCACACAGAGGAGAGGUUGGUGUGGGCCAUUAGUCUAUCCAUUCUGACAGUGUUCUUCUUUGUGGCAUCCUUCUCUAUUGGGCUUGGGCCCAUUACAUGGGUUUAUAGUUCUGAGAUCUUCCCCCUGAAGCUGAGAGCCCAGGGGGCCAGCAUAGGGGUGGCCGUAAAUAGGGUGAUGAAUGGAACCAUAUCAAUGACCUUCAUAUCACUCUACAAGGCUAUAACCAUUGGGGGGGCCUUCUUUAUGUUUGCAGGGAUUUCUAUCUUGGCAUGGAUGUUCUUCUUCUUCCUUUGUCCUGAGACUAAAGGGAGGCCUUUGGAAGAGAUGGAAGAGGUUUUCAGCAAAAAGUGGCUUUAUAGUAGGCCAGUGAAUAGGGAGAGAUUUGAGAUGGGAAAGGUAGAAGCCGAGUUAACCAGCAAAUAGAGCUUUCUCUAUUAGUUAGUAAGUUGGGUCGGCUAAUGACUGAAGUAUCGUAUCUUGGCAUGGGCAACUUGAUGCAUGUACCUUCUAGACGAAGGAUUUUAAAAAAAAAAAAAGCAAUGUGAAUUAUAUCGAUGCUAUUGUCUUAUUUGAUCAGUCAUGUGAGAUUGUGAUUAGUACUGAACGUUUAACACUUUGGCCAAGUUUGAUUUGCGAGUGACAUUAGGUGCUUUUCUGAGGUUUCCUGAGAAGUAGUAGUUCCUAGAGGAUCAUCCACAAGAGGACCACUGAGGAUAGCAUUUCCAAAUUGUAAAAUACUAAAUGUGGGUGUGACAAGUCCACUGUUUAAUCUUUAUUAACAAUGCUUGUGCCUGUAAUUGAACAAAAUAUUCCAACUAGCAGCCUAAACUACUCCAAGCAUCCAGUAGAGAUGUGGAUAAAAAAACCCACUACUACGGCAUUGAAUUAGGGAUGCUCAUCAGAUGGAUUAGGCAAUAAUGCCGGUGGCCUUAGGCUCAACCCACAUUAUUGGCACUUCCGACUAACUAAGCCUGUUAGAAAUUGUCCUGUAAUACUCCAUAUCAAGAUAAGCUUUAUAUUUUAGAAUCUGAUAUUGGAUUGAGUUUUUUCUUUCUUUGCUUUUAAU